GUGGCCCUGAGAAGAAGUGGAAGGCAGAGGUGGUGCUGAGGCAGGAGAGCCCCGUGCUGGGGAAGAGGCUGAGCUGGGAGUGCCCAGCAGCGAGAAGGUGCUGUGUCCAUGCCCUGUGUGCCAGGAUUUGUCCUUCCCAAAGCUUGGGCAGAUGGAGGAGGAGGCUGCGAGGAAGAGGAAGAGGCCACGGGCCCCUCAGGCAGGCCCCGAGCUGAGGACGGAGAGCACGGAGGACAAAUCCCCCCGGCAGAGCCUGGUGGGAGAGGCCGUUUUGAAGGGCUCCCCGGCACAGGAAGGCAGCGGGGAGGAAAAGGCCCGGAGAUACCCCCGGAGGAGGGGCUGCAAAGCCAGCCCAGGGAGCUCUGAGGAGGAAAGACCCGUCCUGUGCCGGGAAGGCGGCCGGAGCUUGAGCCGGAGCUCGGAGCUGUUGGUCCCUGAGCAGCCUCCCAGCAGGGAGAAGCCCUUCAGGUGCUUGGAAUGUGGGAAGAGCUUCAGGAAGAGCUCAGACCUCCUCAGCCACCAGCACAUCCACACUGGGGCACGGCCCUACACGUGUGGGGAAUGUGGGAAGAGCUUCAGGCACAGCUCCACCCUCCUCAGGCACCAGCGCAUCCACACUGGGGAACGGCCCUACAGGUGCUUGGAAUGUGGGAAGAGUUUCAGGGACAGCUCCAACCUGAUCCAGCACCAGAACAUCCACACUGGGGAACGGCCCCACACGUGUGGGGAAUGUGGGAAGAGCUUCACUCUUAGAUCCACCUUGAUCCGACACCAGCUCAUCCACACUGGGGAACGACCCUACAAGUGUUUGGAAUGUGGGAAGAGGUUUCAGACCAGCUCCAAGCUCCUCGUGCAUGAGCGGACACACACAGGGGAGAGGCCCUUCCGCUGCACCGACUGCGGGAAGGGCUUCAACCAGAACUCCCACCUCAUCAGGCACCGGCGCAUCCACACCGGGGAGAGGCCCUACAUGUGUGGGGAGUGUGGGAAGAGCUUCAGCGACAGCUCUACCUUGACCAGACACCAACGGACCCACCGCUAAGGGAAGCUCCUGCGA